UGCCGGGCGUGGAAAGCUAUAGUGCACCGGGCCCGGUCGAUGAAACACUUCAAUUUAUUGACGUACGAACAGAAGUACAAUCUCCACGAUCACAGAAGGAUAGUAAAUGCAGUGCUGGAACUCGGGUUAAUUGUUCGACCAAGCUGACAACAGGUGUGACUAAACCGAUAGUCAUUAUAGGUAACAAGAUGGGGAAUGAAGGCAGUAAACGAGAGAUGCUGCUGGGAAAUGAAGGCCCGCCGUUGAAGAUUGAGUCUGUCUACAGCUUAGCCGGCCAAAAGAAUGAUUUCUGCGCGAACAGUGACUACCAUAUGGUAUCAACUCUACAGAACGAUGAUUCGCAGCCACUGGACUUUACAAAAUCGUCAAAGCUUUUGCGGGAGGCCGACCGAAAGUUUAGAUAUGAAACGAGCGAUGAAGAUACGACGGCUGCCAAUCAAAAUGCGUUGGCAGCCAUUAGGGUUGAAUUUGGCAGCUCAAACGAUGAAAAACAAGCGACGACCACGCAACUUUUUACGAGUCCCAGACACCUACAUCAGGCACCAGCCGCAAAAACAUGGACCGGCAUAACAGAAGAUGCAACGUCGCGUCCGAAAAGUGAACCUGUGGUACCAACCGAUAAACAGGUAGAUCGUGACUUCGGUGGUCAUCAAGCCUCUAACGUUGUCUCUCCGUGUCAUGAAGUUUCUGAUAACCGGCCGUCCGACAGCGGGACUGGGCUUCUUUACGUGAGUAAGAUAUGCCGUCCAUGGGUCGACGAAUGUGACGAAGACGAGGUCUCACCGAACACUUUUUCAAUCAUCUGCGGCGAUUUCAACGAUUCUGAUGACGAGGAGGCCAGGGUGUUGACUCCUCUUGUUAAACCAAGACGAGAGACGGCGUGUAAUAUGAAUCGGAGGUCAGAUGAACAACAACAAUUCAGACUACCAAGCGUCAGUGAGAUGGCCGGACCCGACUUUGCGUCUACACAAUCAAAUGGCAAGAAGGGACACGAUUUGCCCUCAAUGGGCAGUGGUGAUGAGGCAAAGGAAAAGGUCAAGAAGCAGCUGGCCAAAAUUCUUUCAGGGCACCGCGUGGCCUUUCCUAUGAGAAAAACAUCGACUGGGUCGGAAGACAGUGGGGUAGACAUGGAAGGCGCGAAAGGUGAUGAUCAUGAAAAAUAUGGCGAACCUGAGGACAACCUUGUCAUUGAUUUUCCAAACGGCGAAUACUUAAAGCCGGGAAAAUAUGCUGAAAUAUUUCCUACGCACACUAACAUUGACACAAACAGUUCGGUUAAAGAGAUGCCAACCAACCAACUUUACGGGCUUGGAACAAACAAUGACAAAGAUCUUAACCGAGGCUUUGCGAACUCAGAUACUCUCGAACGAACUCAGAAUUCAAGCUUAAAAAACCAUAUGUUAAGUCACCCGCACCAUCUCGGAAAUUCUGAAAUUGAAAAAUCAUCGAAAUGUGAGCAAAAUAGUUGUGGAAAUGUUUUCAAAUCAGGAGAAUGCACCACUCCAAAAACUGAAAAUCGCACUACUGUAGACAUUGAUAAGGAAAGUGGCCGAUUGGCUGUUGAACAGCAGCUGGUUAAGAGUACUCAUGCCUUCAAAGUUGACAUACAGGGCAAAUACUCGCGUCAAUCAGUGCCUCGUAGGCCUAUGUCGCCGUUGAAGCGUCGUUGGAUCCGUCAACAUAUGGCACAAAACAAACGCAACAGUUUUGAAUCCAAUCGAAGGAGAGGAUCUGCUGAUGGCAACAGAUCGAGAGAUGGCGCUAGGAGUCCAUAUCGGGCUUAUUAUUCGGAACGCGAACGUGGUCAAAGAAGUUUGGGAAACAGCGUAGGGGAAACGCGAAUUGGUAUUAUAUCGGCUUUAAAUGAACUGUAUCAAACUGGAACUGAGAAGGAAUGGGACAGCAAGUCACAAAUAGAUGAGAAACCAAGCAGGGAUCAAGAAUUUGUCUAUUCAGGCGUGUCUAGCGACGGUUCGGGCCAUUAUACAAUGUGCAACGAGAUGCAACCUACCAUGGAAACAAUACCAUUAACAGCCAACACGCAGCAAAUCCACCAAUACCCGAUAAAUGAAGACAACAGUUCAGCUCCAAAGCGUUUUAAUUUUGAUUGCCCUCUGCCAGGUAACGAAAGUAAUGUGAGGAAAAUCAACAGUGGAAAAUAUCGUGACGGUAAACAUAUCAAUAUACGUGGUUAUUAUAGAUCUCUUCCUAACUCUAUGCCGAUGAAAUGUCCAGCUGUGUGCCCGCAUAACCAAUGUAGUCAUAGCGACAGUACUGAAUUACUACAGCACUCCGUCAGCUGUGCCUCCACACACAGGAAAAAUAAUCGAUUCAGAGUAUGUGCGCGUGGUAUGGCCGAUAGGCAAGCCACGUCAAUAGGCAAGAGACCGCGAAAAACCAGGAAGCUCGCAGAACUGUGUUGGGGCACGAAGCUCACAAUAAUGCCCAGGCGAUCAACUCGACUGGACAACGACCCGUAUGUACACUAUCUCAAUCGAUUGGACAAGGAACGCGUCUCUGAUAAGAGUGGGACAUUAACAUAUGCUAAGCAGAAUAUCGUUGGCAAGAGUUCGGUUGGCGCUGAACAGUUCGUUGGAAAUACCAUGGAGGAGUGUGUCGCCACUGUCGGCUGCAGCGGAAUCGAAUCUUUUGCAAAUGGAGGCCAUCUUACCGCCAAGGAACCACCAAAAAGCUUUAACGACGAACCCAGCGUGGAUGAAAUUCAGAGUGAUUGUGCUGUAAACAGUGUUCCCGGCUCGGAGGCUAUAGAAUUACUCAAAGGAUUGAUCGGAACUGAACCGAGAACGGUUGGUCCUGUUCCUGCGUGUACACGUCCAGAAGGUAAGCCCGUGCAUAGUGGUGAAUGUACGACUGUAGAUAUAGCAAAUCAAAACGUUUUACCGUGUACUGAUAGCAUAGGCGAGCUACUAAGAAAUACUGUGAAUGGUGUUGUUGGCGCAGAGGAGAACUGUUCCACAGUAACACUGGAGAAUAGCAUACCGGCUGUGCUGAGCGAUAGCAACGAACAUGUGCAGUCCGCUGUGCCAAUAGGUGCUGUUACUGAAACUGCUAAUACUGUUUUAGUGACCGCUGACAUUAAUGACAAGGACAGUGAUCAUAUAACUGUCCAAACAUUUACUGAAUUAGAUCUCGUUGCCGACUGCGGUGCUUUCGAAACCGUGGAGGAAGACAGUGCAGCCGUCCCUAUUUCUGAGCCUAGUUUUAAAGAAGAGGACCAACCAGAGGGCGCAUCGAACGGUCCGUUAGAGCAAACAAUAGAACAGGAGAACUCUGUUGAUACUGACAUUUGUGUGCCGCAAAUUUGUAACUUAGAAAACGACUAUGUCGCCCUUGACAUAGAGAUCCCACACAGCCCCGCAGCUGAGGUUGUGUGUGAAACUACUGCUGCAGACGACACUAAAUCUGAAAGUGACUCUGAUAAGGCUGAAGAGUCAAGGUCACCCGAGUUGGUUGGUGAAUGUGACGGACUAAAAGCGGGCGCCUGUAACAAUGAAAACAAUGAAAUUCGUGAAGUAAAUGAUGUUAACGAGGUUGUGGAGGAAAACGAAAGUGCAGGACAAGAGGUUGUUGAUAGUGAAAGGGGAAGUGGAAUUCAAGAGGGGAACGACAUCGACAUUUCAAGUGAAGAGGCGGAAGAUAUAGGCCAGUGUGCAUUGGAAAACGAAAACGUAAGUGCGGAUGUGGUGCAGAUUGGUUCGAGCGAAUGUCAUCAGUUGGAGACCGAGGUAAGAGAAAGUCAAAAGGAAACCGACGCUUCAGCCGUGGAUACGAGGGAUGAUACCGAAUGUCUGGAGGAAGCUCUUAUUGAAACUGCACUCAGACAUGCUGUAGAAAUUGUGGGAGAGACUUCUGUCACUGAGUGUGAGACUCUUGUCACUGAAUGUAUUGAUGAAGUUCGUAAGGAAACUGCAACAAUCGAGAUAGUUACUGAGGGUGACGAACCUAUCAAGGACAGCGAUAUUGACUUUUAUAAAGACAUCAUUGAGAGUACAAACAACGAGUUGUAUUACACAAGUGACCAAGGCAUUCAGGAGUUCGAUGAGGAUCGAAUAUCCUGUUCAGAUAGUGAGAGGGAAGGCACUAAGUGUUUCAAUGACAGCUGCAGUGCGGGGUCAGAAAUAAACUUGGCUUCAUUUGGGGUGAAAGACAGCUCUGUUAAUUUAAGGGACGUCAGUGGUUAUCUUAAGGGUAGGGCUAGUGUAAAUAUCCGUCGCAAACCGUGGAGAAAUAUGGGGAAAUCUAAGCUUGGUAUGAUUAUCACGGAUCCGGAUUCAUCGGACUCCGAAGAUGGUAGUCCGGGGCCCUCAAAGGAGGCUGCCCUUGAUGAAAAAGGCAGACCGGUAAGAAUGCGUAAGAAAUCUAAGGGCUGUGGACACCAUGCCUGUCAAACCUGUGAAUCGUACGACGAAUCCAGAGUCCGGGCUCUUAUCAAUGCUAUCAAACGAUUCGAACAGGCGUUCUUUGGUGAAAAACCUGCCGAGGAAAAUGUGGAACUUUCUAAAGACAUUUUGGACAGUUUGCUGAUUUCUGGCAAAGAUAGCAGUAAGCGCAGCAGGAAGGAUACCACUGGUUGCUCUUCUGUAGAAUCCUUUCAUGUUGGAGAUAAGAUAAAGAGUAAGAAAGGCAAGAAGCGGAAACGAUCUGGCUCCAGGGGGAGUUCACUGAAAAGGUCGAACAGUGGUACCCAGGGCUCUGACAAAGCGAUUGACUUUGAACAUAAGUCGAGAGCAUUGGAAUUGGGACACAAAGUCAGGAAAACGGUCCACGAUAGGAAGUACGAUCACCGUCAGAAAUCAGACAAAGCGAAUCUUGAAAAUAAAUCGCGAAUGGCGGACCCGGAUUACAAACCGCCAAAAACCGAUUUAGAAGAAAAAUCGCGAAAAGUAGACUUUGACGUUAAAUCGCGAAAAAAAGAUUCUGCUCAUAAAUCGCGAAAGCCUUAUUCAGACCAUAAAUCGCAAAGAAGGGAAAGGGAACAUAAGUCAAAAAAGAAACAUAAGCGUGACAAGGAGUAUAAGAAAACUAACAUUAAGGAGGGGCGGGUCGGCAAGAAAAGACCACCUAAGCUUUAUUCUCGGGUGCCUGAUAUGUAUGACUUUAAGUCCGAGUCAGGGGGUGAUUCCACUCCUAGUUCGGAGAGGAACAUCUUCGAAAGUUUACAGUUCAUAAAAUCUCAUUCAUCGUCGUCUAGUCACGUUGUUGAUUCGGGGAAGCAGCGGCCUGGUGAAAAAGAGACCCAGCAGUCUGGUAGGAAGGAGAAGACACAGUCUGGUAGUAAAGACAGAACACACGCUGCUGGUAAGGGCAAGACGCAGUCGAAUGACAAAGACAAGACACGGUAUAUUGGUAAGGACAAGACGCGGUAUAUCGGUAGGGACAACACACAGUCUAGUGCUAAGGACAAAACGCAGUCUAGUGGUAAGGACAAGACGCCGAAACGCGAAGAUAGACAGGCAAAGGAGUCUAGUAGAAUUCAAAGUCCACAGGAGGAACGCGUCUACAAGCUGAAGGAGCUCUUGAGAGCGCAGCAAAAAGCUUUGGAGGACAUACGACUCAAAUCAAACCACCCACUCCCAGUAUAGCUACACCAUCAUGUUUGACAUGCCAAAUAUGAGAUGAUUGUUGCAUACUCUAAUUGGUUCAAUGUUUUCGAAAUACGCUAUGGCAAGUACAGCCAUUAAAAUGGAAAUUUGAUGCAAUGCACGUCUUUCAUAAAUGCCUAAACAUUUGCCCAGGGCCUUUCUUGCAGGAUUGGCUUUGCUCUGAAAAACGAGAACUCAGUAUCUUGAAAAUGUUGAACAGUCGGCCGCAAGUGUAAAUUAUCUUAUGUAGGUUUUAAGUGGCUGAAAUGAACUACGUGUAUUACUAAGUCGGUCAUAUUGUCGUGCAGUAAAUGUUUUAUGUCCAACAUACAAUAUGCUUGUCUCUGAGAGAACGUCCUAAACUCCGGCUGGUUGAUUGCAUGUACGUUUGAAGUUGAAUUGUCUCCUGUGUGUUUCGAAAUAUAUUUGACUGUAAAGAUUUCGAGCUACAUGUAAAUGUACCGGUAAGCUUAAUUAGCAUUUGCAAAUAACAUUUUGAACACGAAAUACAAUUUUGUUGAUAUCAUAUAUGUGGUCCAGUGAGUCAGAGCAUUCUUUGUAUCCUGUCACGAACGAAUACAGCCAUGCAAUAUGGAGCGUAUAUCUCUCGCCCUUAUUAUUAUUUAAUUUGAAGUAAUGAGUGUAUAAUUUGGCUAAUAUAAACCUCAUACAUUUGAGGUGCUGGUUUGAAGGGAUUUUUAUUCCGUGUUGAUUGAUCUAGUUACUUCCUCUCUGUGGAUACGGAAAAUGUAUAAUAAUUCGUAAUAAUACCACUUUAUUUGUCAGCGCCAGGGGUCCAAGUGUUUGUUCAUCUAGUACAUUUAAUAAGUCUCUUCCACAUUGGUCCUGUGGAGAGAGUUCGUUCGUUUUUAUUUUUCAAAAUUUAUUUAUUUAUUCAUUUAUUUAUCUACCAACCAGAUUUUUCCUUGUGCUGUACGUGAUUGUGUUCAACUGUAAAGUACAUGUAUGCAUUUCGAGACAUUAAUUUUUGGUGCAAGAUGAGAAGAAAGAUUCAAAACUUUACACAUUUGGGAGAGGCAUUCAGCGAUGCGCAUUUUGUUACAUUUUCCUGAAGUCAAUUGCUUGAUUUAGUAAUUACUGUAUCUGUGUUUAACUGAAUAGCCGAACCCGUGCCACUAGUGGGCCUCUGGCGAAAUAAAAAUGCAUGCAUUACAGUAAUUAGGUCUGUCUAAGCAUUGUAACAUAUCGAGAUUAUUUCACCGUCACUAACUUUGGUGCCCACUGAUAAUUGAGAUCACUGUGUUAUUGACUCGUUGUGAUGAUGGAUACCUUAAGCAUGUAAAUACUGCGGUGGUCAGCACGCAGAUUUGUCCACUAGUUGUUUUUUAUGCAUGUUCAACUUGCAACGGGGAAGUUGGUGCGAUGCUAGGGCAUAUUUAGUGUAUGAGAUAAUUACGUUGCAAUCUUGGAAUCAUUUUAUAUUCAAAUCAUAACCUGAAAUUAUUUCAUCAAAAUAAAAACCUAAAUAUCAGAUACUUGCAAGUAUUUCAGGAUGUUUUGGUUAGUCACGAUGUCAAUUUGGGUUUAAAAUUGACGUAUUUGAAACAUGAUCACAAACCAUAUUCUUAUAUUAGAAUUUUAUCUAAAUUCCAGUUGCAAUGUGCGUGAUCCACUUGUUGUUGCGAAAUGUGUUGUUCCAAUGUGUGAGUCUCGUUUUAGCUCGUAUAUGGUUGUAGCUGUUUUGUAGUUUGUAAUUAUGCAUGGAGUCGAUAAGUUGAGACACCGCCGAUUUUUCAGAUGACUUCCUUAAAAGGCGUGGUCCGUUCGUUUGUACAUCGAUUUUUUUAAUGUCCUGCAGGUAAAUAAAAAUUGACAUCGUUUUGAGAUGAUUUCAGUCCUAUCGUCAUCGUGACUCGCUUAUAAUGAUGUGGAAAGGGCCCCAGAUUUCUUAAUAAACCCAGUACAGUUUGAUGGCAGGUAGGACCGCGGCAAGCAGGCUCAGCGAAGCAACAGCGUUUAAUGUAACACGAACAGCCAGCGUUUACUACAUUUUAGUAUCCCCAGGAAUUAAUAUCAUUCACUACGAUGUAUACUAUAGCAUGAUUUGUAUGUCAAACUGUCGAUGCAUAUAUAUAAGUACCAAAUGUAAAUGUGGGCUAACAUAAUGAUAAUUGAACUCGAAUCUGCCAAACUAUAUUUGUACUACAUGUAUUGCCAUCAUUAUUGGCGCGUUGUUUAUACACCGCGUUUCCGUCCGGAACUUCCCAAGCUGCGUAAUUAGUGUCCUGCAUACAUUGUUGUACGCUAUGUAAUUGAUGUAACAUUUUGUAUUUGGUCUGUCGUCUUUUGUUGAAAGUUUAGCGAUAAGUGCGGCUGUUGUCGAAAUUCUCUCACAUUUUACAAGCUUUCGUAUUAUCAGUGUUAGCAUCUGCUGCAUUGGAACAACCUCAUUCUACUUGGGAAGUGGUGAAUAACAAUCUGCAUUGGUCACCCCAUCUUUCACAUGCCAAGUUUUGUCCAACUGAUUAUACAUGUACAUUGGAAAUUUCUUACCGUAGGGAUGACAACUUGAGUUAAACUGAAAUAUGUUGCCACGAGAUUCCCCAAAACAAAUUAUCAGUGUUUGCCCUUGGUACAACUAUGCAUCAGGUUGACAUCCACCCCUUUCAGCUCAUCUAAUGUGUACUGCUAGCUGUUUUCCACACUGAAGGGUGCCAUAAUUGUAUCACUGACUUUACCUUACAUCAUAUGAAUGGUGUGUCUUGAUUAUUGGUUGGUUAUCAAGGAAAUGCAUCAACAUGACUAUAAAACCAGACCAAUCAAAAAUAUUUUUCUCCGAUUGAUUUUUUUAAACGGCCGUUUAGAUUGUAGAUUUAAUUUUCCCAUUUAAAACUAUGUAUGUAUUAUUUUUGUGACACGUUUGGAAUAAAUAAAAUGGAAUAUUGUAA